ACAUCCCGAUCUCAUUUCAGUCGCGUACGGGUGCGAGUCUGGACGUGUGUCUUUCUCGUAACAUUACCGCCCAAACCAGGCACAGGAGCAGAGAUCGGUGCAGGCACGCGCUACAUCUUCACCGCACACACACACACACACACACACACACCCCCACUGUCCAUCUGUCCGCUCCCCGGCCCUCGACCGCCACCCACGAGGUGGAGUGCAGCCGCGGCCAAGUGCAUCCGCAAAGCUCGUCUCCGGGCUCGUCUCCGGAACGGACCUGUUCUUCCAACGUGCUUCCUUCACUUCACCGCUCGUCUACUCCCCUCCCUCUUACACAUUUGCUUUCUAAGCCUCCGGACAGGUGGGGUGCGGGAGAACAAUUGCUACUACAGCUACGCUCGAUCGUGAUUUUGUGAUUUUGGCUGCUGUGAAAAGCGAGUGGUUUAUUUUGCAACGAUUAUUUUUUUCCCGCCAGAAAAUCCAAGUGACCCGUGAGCAGCAGUGUGUGAGUGUUAAUAAUUGAAGAAGAAAAGAAAAACAGCACACGCGCGUGUGAUUUUAGUGCUUACAAGUGAGCUGCACCUCCCCGACCAAACGACCCCCGACGCUCGAGCCUUCCAUGCAAUCAACGAUCGUGUCCGGCAAUCAACCCGUCCGCCAUCGCUGAGUCCGAACGCUGAGUCGCCCUGUCAAAAGCCCCGAGCAGUAGCUGCGCGAGAGCCCGUGCUUGCUGUGCUGCUGGCUGCCCGCCGCAUCGAGUGCAACGCGUGUGAGUCUACCAUUCAGGCGCAAACCGUCGCGCGCACCGCUUGCUAAACGAUGAGCGCGUUCCCGGAGGUGGUCGAGCUGAACGUCGGCGGUACCGCGUACGCCGUCAGCCUGAAGACGCUGCUCGCCGAGGAGGGCUCCUGGCUGCAGGACACGUUCGGCGGGGGCAGCCCGCCGCCCGACCUGCCCGUCGACGCCCGCGGCCACUACUUCAUCGACCGCGAUGGCGGCCUGUUCCGGCACGUGCUGGACUAUCUGCGCGAUCCGGCACGGUACGCCGUGCCGAUCGGGUUCCUCGAGCGCGACCGGUUGCGCCGCGAGGCCGAACACUACCGGCUGCCCGGGCUGAUCGAGCUGCUGGGCAAGCAGGCGCCGGGCUGCAUCACCGUCGGCUACCGGGGCAGCUUCCAGUUCGGGCGGGACGGGCUGGCCGACGUGAAGUUCCGCAAGAUCACGCGCCUGCUGGUGCACGGGCGGGUCGCCCUCUGCCGGGAGGUGUUCGGCGACACGCUGAACGAGUCGCGCGACCCGGACCACGGCGGCUCGGACCGAUACACGGCCCGGUUCUUCCUGAAGCACGUGUUCAUCGAGCAGGCGUUCGACAUGCUGCAGGAGCAGGGCUUCCGGCUGGUGGCCAGCUGCGGCUCCGGUACGGCCGGUUCCGUCUCGGAAAACCUCAAGCCGGGCGUCGACACGGAGGAAAACCGCUGGAACCACUACAACGAGUUUGUCUUCGUGCGCGACUAAGCGCGACAGCGCAGGGCCACUUUUGACACACACACUUUACACACAGACACGCACAAUACACAAACUGACACACACACUGGCAGACAGCAAGCAACACACACACACACCCGUGAAUGGAGCAGACUUGACAUGAGAUGCGCGAUGAGGCUGGACGAUGACAUCGGCGAUGCAACCGGCGGGCAGAGCGCACCACAACAACGCGCAACAGCUAUAAAACGAUAAUUUGCAACACACAUCGCACAACGGCACGGAACGCGAACCCGAGCCGAGCGACUUAAAUUCGACCACUCGAACUUUUGCAGCCCCUUAAAGUUCGGCCCCUUGAAUUGAUUUCGAUCGCUCCGGUUGCGCGAAGUACGGCAACUGCGAUAGUGUGCAGCAAUCAAAAUCCAGCCACCGCUUUUACCACAGCAACAGAGUGCAGGUGAGCGAGCAAAAGAGACAGUGGACAGGGGUGGAUGAGAUGCGACAACAAUAUGAUAUGGCAGCUUCCGGAAAACCAAUCAAUCACAAUCCACCGGGCACAGGGCACAAAGCGCAACCCUAACUUCCCACCAAAUGUAGCAAACGUGGUAAUUUUUUAUAGUAUAGCUCAAUCGUUCUUUCCGCCCCAUUUUCACAAACUCCACAACUCAACCACACAGUAGUAAUAGUAGGUAAUGUAAUGGAUUCUGGCAAUAGUGUCAAAUGGUCGUAGCCCUAGCACAUCUUCCCUUGAGCGCCGAGCGACAGUGCUGGGGAAGGGAACAGUAAAUCAGAGCAACAAAACAAAAACCCACCGAAGCAAAUGGGCAGAGCCGGAACGGCCGCAGAAUGGAAUUGUUUCUAACCACCAUUCUCUUCCUGGCAAGGAAUGAUCUCGGUGUCUCGGCUGAAAGGGUUGUGGUACACCCCUCCCCACAGGGCGGAAUGGAAUCUCAGUAGCAUUUGUCCGACCACUUCGGUAGAGGAGUAGUGUAAUAGAGAAAUCGAACUUUGUAGUUUGAAACUGAACAAUCUUAUAGAUCCAAUUUUAUGUAGUUUUUUUUUUUAAAGUGAGUACAAUUGUGCAAAGCUGCUGUGUUGGUAUGUGUGAGUGUGGUGAGGAAGUAUAAAGCACACGUACACACACACACACACACAUACAGAAAAGAAAUCUGAGAACAACUUUUGCCAUUUUCCGCUCCAUCGAAAUUGCAAGAGUUUUUCCCAGCCAGGUUGUAGCUAAACUGCACAGAAAACGUCAUAAAAUGCUCCCAUACGAGCACAGCACACACUCACACAAACAAUCUCCCAUUAGCCGUUUUUCCUUUCCUGCGGCUUUGGCCGCACCAGACAACAACAACAAAUCUCCCUGUUCCAGCUGAGGUUAUUUUCUACCGAGCUAGGUUUUAUUAUUAAUUAACAAAAACCAAGACCCACCACGCUCCCCCCCCCCCCCCCCCAGACUACUGCGGAGCAAAAUGCGAGCAGAAGGCCCCCAGCCAACGUGUGUAUGUGUGUUCGGCAAAAUGGCAAACGGGAAGCGCAAGGAAACACAGCGUGUGGCGUAAACAGGGCGUUGCAUUUGUUUCAGAUAAACGCGGUCGAGUGUUGCGAACAGUCAAGGGACAAAGAAGCAAAAAAAAAUACUCACACACACACAAACACACACAUACAAAUACCGCCAAGCGGGGGUUGUUGUGGACAAUUCGGGUGAAAAUGGAAAGCAAAAAAAUUGGAACGCUUUAUCCAAACCACGUUAAUGUGUCAAAUGCAUUCUGCUCAAUAGACACUAAACGCCGCACACACAGCAACAACAAAUAUACACACACACACACAUACGUUCACACAACAGUUGAAAGCGUUCACACAUAACGCAAAGAUUUAAAAAAAUAACACACAUACACACAUUCACAACGUCAAAAGAUUUACAAGUAUUUAAGCGAGUUAAGCAAAGUAAGAAAAACAAAACAAAACCAACACAACAACUUGAAGCGGGUAGAAGCGGGUAGCGAGCAGCAAACAAAUGCGAACAAGAAACUGACGAAGCAGCAAACAUGCAGUCUAAGUGUACGGUGUUUAGAAGCAUAACUAAAAGAGAGUCGAAAGGCUCUCGAUCGAUACUUUACUAGUGAGCAAAACGUUUUUGAGCGGCCGAGAAAGGGCAGCAGCGACGAAGGAAAGUAAGAAGGUAAGAAAUUAAGCAAGAACAAAACAAAAAAAAAAGAUAAAAUAAAAUAAUACCUACCAGUGGGAGCACAAGAAAUAAACUUUAAGCAGAAAAGGAAAAGUGAGAUAGAAACAAAAAAACAACCAUAACGUAGUAAUUGCAAAAUGAUAACAAUAGUGAAAUAAUACAAAUAGCAACGGAGAAAGGUAGACGAAACAUAAGCGAGAUAAUAGAGCGGCAGAACGAGCAGAAAGCUGUAAUUGUACGAUUAUAUUUAAAACCACCACGGCAACAGGGGCACGGUGUGCGGAAAUCUGGGUACGAGCAGGCACGGUUAAGGGGAUUGAACGGACGCGCCAAAGCGUAACGAUCUGAGCGGGCAUGAAGGGGGGAUGCGAGGGACGGGAAGUUAUUGAAUUUUGAUGUAAAGCAGCAACGCAACGCAUCGUUUUGCGGGGAUAAAAAUAGUUUCAUCUGUUUAUUUCGCUUCAUGCUACGGGCGGAUCAGUGCGGAAUGUGAUUCCGGCUGUACCCACUGCACUGGUUCAUGUGUUUACCGUGCGUUCGUGCCGUUAUAUGAACUAUGGACAUUGCUUCUUUAUCUUUUUCUUUCUCUCCAUCCCUCUCUUUCUUUAGUUUUCUCCCUUUUUAUCCGUGGUUGGACAGCAGUGCCGAUCCUACGACGGUACCUGCUUCUAGCUCAGCUUUACCGCAAAUGGCAACAUUGCAUGUUUACGGAAUUCCUCAUUACGUGAUGAUGUGGAGGCCGGUCUUUGAUCUUUGGCGAAUCGUUUCAUCUGCAGGGUGGCUUCCUUUUUUUGUGCCAUCCUAGAAUCUUGUUUACGCUUAUGUCUGACGGUCAUGCGGCAACAUUCAAUUGCCACCCUCACCCACAUUAGUGACCAGGUCAUCUGUUUUUCCCCCCCUUUUUUAAGCUUCAAACCUUCCUUUCUCCCCUUCAAAGGACAGAUACUCAAGCAGCAUGUUUGAGAGUGUUUGUUAGGAUAGACGAACGUGUGUGGGUAUGAGUGUGUGUGUGUGCCGAUUUUGAAGCAAUUCACACCGCACAUAGCUCCACCUGCAUGCUGGGGAAUGGUAGAAUUUAUCAAGAAAAGUUAUAUGCGGGAAAGAGGAAAACAGCCAACCAGAUAACUCUUUAAUUAAUAAUGCGUAACGAGAGCAGUAAUGGGAGAGCGAUAAUACUUCAAACAUAUUACAACUACUACUAACUAACUAACAACUACUAUUCAUCGUAAUGGUAACAAGAAGAAAAAAAAGAACUAUACUAUUAAACAAUAAAAAAAACAACUGAGACAAUGGUGAAAGAAUGACGAAAAACAAAAACACAAAACUUACACACCCAAACCAAGGACGGAGAAAACUAGCAGCAAACACACAACAUUGGAAUGAAAAAAAUAAAAUACUUUAAUUGAUAAGAUAAAGCGAGCGACCGAUAGGGGGUGCGAGCGAGCGCAAUGAAUGAAAACAUCCCAGCAGACACAAAAUGCAGAACUUAGUAGUGAGAAACCGCAAAAAAAAAAUGCAGAAAUAAUAAUAAUAAUAAUAUGAAUAAUAUCAAGAAAAGAAAAUAUAUUGAAAGUAAUGAUAAUUAAUGCAAACCGAACACAAGAAAAUGAACCCAGAAACACACACACACACACAUACACACGCCCACACACACCCGAAACACGCACACAAAAGUGCGCAAACCGUAACACCGACACACUCCCAAACCCAGAAAUGGAUCAUUGAUAUACACAAUACAAUAUAUCUUCAACCAAAGUUAAGUUAAGUAACGAGCCAAGAAACCCUAGACAUGAGCAUCAAAUCACAUGACGUGGAGCAGAAGUUGAGGAAACAGGCGAGAAAAUUAGGCGGAUUGUGGUGAGAGAAAUGAAAAAAAAAA